AUGUUCAACAUUGAUCGGCUCUGGCAUCAUUUCUGUGUUACCUGGAAUACAUUGAAUGGCACAUGGGCUUUGUAUGCUGAUGGACAAAUGAAAGCUACAUCCACCAACAUCUAUGCCUUCCAUGAAAUCAUGAAAGGUGGUAUAUUUAUUGUGGGCCAAGAUCAAGAUACAUUUGGAGGUAGUUUCAAACAGAAAGAUUCAUUCAGUGGUAAUAUUACAUACCUGAAUAUCUGGAGAAAAGUGCUCAAUGAUGAUGAAAUAGAACAGGUCAGAUCAUGCAGCUUAUCAGAAAAAUACAUUGUUUUUGGUUGGAAUACACACAAGUUGGAAAAAGAAACAGCUUUGCAAGAAUUUGAUAUUCCAGUGGCUUGUCCGG